CUAUGAUGGACUGAAAGGAUCAGAUUUCCAAAAUGUGUGGACAUCCCUUCGAACCAAUGAUGAAGACAGGCAAUUUGGGAACUUGUACAGGAUCAAUGAGCGAAACAGGGCGUGCCAAAUGGGUUUGUCUCGACUGCUGUCGUUCGAUAUAUAAAGAAAAAGAGCAGCUAGCACUCGAAAAUGCCGUGAGGAUGAACGAGGGUGAGUACGACUCAUACCUUGGUAAAGUAACUAUCACAUUGGGGUCCAGAGAGAGAGCUAAAGGGCUCUUCGAUGCACUAAGCAGGUCAAUACGAGUUUACGAGUUGGAUAUCACAUUUGACUGGGAUUGGACGGAGAUUGAUCUUGAAGCAUUUAAGGAUGCUUUGGAGGUGUCGAGUGUAUCGAAUCUUCGACUCGAACUUGCACGGGCUCAAAGGAAUGCCGGUAUAAAAGAUUCUUCAAUAUCCGCACGAUAUGAAUGGCUUAUUUGCAUCAUAGAGCUCAGUAAUAUGAAAACAAUCCAUAUUACUCUAUCUCAGGAUCUCAUGAAACUUCUCAGUUUACGACCCGCAAAACUGGCGCAUCUUCAUAAGCUAACCUUUGGGGUGAAGGCUCGAUCGAUUGGAGCCAGCGAAUUACAAGGUCUUGUCAGUUUGCUCAAGGCUAAUACAGCUUUGACUAACUUGAGUUUGGAGAACAGCUCAAUUGGAAAGGAAGGAGCUGUGGCACUGUCAGAGGCACUCAAGACUAACACUACUUUGACCUCUUUGAACUUGUGGCUCAACUUCAUUGGGGAUAAAGGAGCUCUGGCACUGUCAGAAGCGCUCAAAGUUAACACUAGUUUGAUAACUUUGGACUUGAGUUACAACUCAAUUAGGGAUGGAGGAGCUCUGGCGUUGUCAGAGGCACUCAAGGUUAAUACUAGUUUGAUGACUAUGAACUUGAGCGGCAACUCAAUUGGGAAUGAGGGAGCCCUGGCACUGUCAGAGGCGCUUAAGGCCAAUGCAACUAUGACGACUUUGGACUUGUAUAACAACACAAUUGGAAAGGAAGGAACCUUGGCUCUGUCAAAGGCACUCAAGGUCAAUGCAACUUUGAUGACUUUGAACUUGGAUGCCAACGCAGUUGGGGAUGAAGCAGCUCUGGCAAUUUCAGAGGCACUCAAGACAAACGCAGUUUUAGCCAAAUAAGUAAGACAGCCUUAAGCGUCAAAGAAGGGACACUGAUGCUGUUAGCCACAAUCUGGACUGACUAACUGACUUUGGAUCGUUUUUUGGGAUACUUGACUGAUUUGAUGGUUGAAAGAGCUCUGGGAGUAGUUAAAGAAAAUAGUUUGGUUUAAAUAAAAAGCAAGCUUG